CACCGGACUUUGUUCUGAAUGAAGAAAAAACUUAAAGAGCAAGUGUAGCUCUACUAGACAACAGGAUUAGAUUAGACUGCAGUUAGCCUUUUUAAACACAAGACAUUGUGGGCACCUUCAGAGGUUGCCUGUUUGUGAUUGGUGACAGCAGUGUCAUUUACCUGUUUGCAGCCUUUAAAUUACACAAGGGUGAUUUGUUACUGACUCAUUGCUGCAACUCUGUACAUAGGAGUGGAGUUUUGCAGGCACUGAUUGAAGACUCCUGCUGGACUUAGAGGGCUAUUCCAAGAGGUAGUAAUUAAGAUGCUAGGUAAAGUUUUCCUAGUCUUUAUCCUACAAACUCUUCUUUUCCUGACUAUAGUAGUGUCAUCAACUUCAUCAUCAGAAGAAGACAGCAGUGUUGAAAAAGAAAGUAAGGAGCACCAUAAAGGUUCACAUCAUUGGAAGUACGAUGAUCAAGAAUUGUGGCCCUCAACAUUUGAGCACUGUAGUGGGAAAUCUCAAUCUCCAAUCAAUAUUGAAACUGGAAAAACAAUAUAUGACUCCAGUCUGCCAGCUAUUGUUCUUGAAGGAUAUGACCUAUCAGACAAAGCGUUACUGAAGUUACAAAAUAAUGGGCAUACAUUACAGCUAAACUUGCCAAGCACCAUGCACAUAGUCCAAGGUUUCGACAACAUGUUCAUAGCAGCCCAGCUUCACUUCCAUUGGGGAACCAAAGAGGUUCCUGGAUCUGAACACACGAUUGAUAAUGUCCACUUCCCAGCAGAGAUCCAUGUGGUUCACUACAACUCCAAGUAUGCAAGUUUACAAGAAGCAGCAACAAAGCCGGACGGUCUGGCGGUACUAGGGGGGUUCAUCGGGAUUGGUCUGCUUGAAAAUGAAAACUAUGAGAACAUCCUUUCUUCUCUUACUGAUGUCAGUUUAGAAGAAACGAACACUGAGAUUCCUGGUUUCAAUGUCCGACAUCUUUUGCCGCCAAACCUGGAGCGCUUCUACCGCUACAAUGGAUCACUCACCACUCCUCCUUGCUUUCAGACAGUGAACUGGACCGUUUUUAAUGACACAAUCUCAGUUUCAAGGAAACAGUUAGCAGCACUUGAGGACACACUUAAAGCAGGACAGUCACUGCUCUCCAGAAACUUCAGAGCUGCACAGCUUCUGCAUGGGAGGGAAGUUUAUUCAUCUUUCAAGACUCUAGAAACCACAAAAGGGUCUCAAGUCAAUGGGAAUCACAAUCCUAGUAAAGGCAGAUCUUCGACGAAUGCAGUGGGGGAAGAAGAAGGUUUCUCCAGAGGAUACAUUCUGGCAAUUGCCUUUGGAGCACUUUUUGCAAUCACGUUGUUAUCGUUCAUAAUUUAUGCAGUUCAGCAACGGAAAAAAUACUCAAGAUUCCAAAAGGAUUCAAGACAGAAUGUUAUCUACAAGCCAGCAACUAAAGAAGAAGCUUGACCCAAAGUACUGAAGAGGAGUGACUGAAUUUUAGCAAUGUAUUGAUUCAAAGCGUCUGCAAAUUAAAAGAUACAUUAUAUAUGCUGUAUAUAUUGAUAUUAUAAAAUAUCUUUUAAUUGCUUGACAAUUUUAUGUUCCCAUAAAUGUAAAACAUGCAACUACAAAUAUUUUGAAUGGCCUUAUAAUAGAUUAUAUAAAAUAUAAAGAUAUUUGUUAUAUGUGGUAUUUUCCUGCACUGCCUUUCAACACAAGAAAUUUCUGUAUGACGUAAAAAUGAAAUACAGACAUAUUAAGUGCAGUUUGUUGGUACCUAAACUUAUUUUUAGGUUUAAACAAUUUGCACAGGGUAUUGGGAGUAACUUACACUGAAUCUGGGCAUUGAUUAUUUGCCCAUUACUCAUUUUAGCAUUUGCAAUGGUAGGAAAGUGCAUAUUUUAAAGUGAAAAAAAUCCUACUCUUUGCUUGUUAUGUUACCAUCAAGUCUUCUGAUUUUCAAGCAAAGAGUAAAAUGACUUACUAUGACUAAAAUGUUGCACAAAUUUUCCACUUAAAACAGUCUUCAUCAUCAUUCAUCCCACUGCUAUUGAUAAUCCCCAAAGUAAAUAGAAACACACAGCAAAUACUUUAGUCAUUCAUUACCAGUGAAUUGGCAAUAGUGAAGUGACCAAUCCUUUAUUUGUCUCUAAGACGAAUAUGUGGUUUAACAUAUCACCAUGACUGAAUCAGUCCUGACUGGUACACACUGUCACUAGAAAAAAGAAAACGACUGUCUUGCGUAAUACCUGGCUAUUUCACUAAGCAGAAUGAACAGACAAAACCAAGCAUAAUUGUAUCAUGUAUUGUUUUGACAGAAUAAAUUUUUCAAAAGUAUGUAUUUACGAUCCUUAAAAUAAUGUCAUGCAUGCAACAGUUUUUGAAUCUCAAAUGUUUGUAUGCUAUUUAUCUUUCUGUUGUAUAGAGCACUAAUAUUUAAUAUUGCGUAAUGAUAUGUUGUCUUUUGUACACAUUUUUGCAUAAUCACGGUUAAAUAAUCAUCAUUUGAGAAUUGUGACUGCUGGUUAUAGUCUAAAUGUUUUUCAAAUAUGUCCCGCUUUUUUGUUCAGUGCUACAAUUUUCGUUCCAUAUUUCCUCUUUGCUAUGCUAUUAAAUUGUGGAGUUUGUAGUAAGGAAUGCAUGCAAGGCUGAAAAAGAUGUAGAAACAACAGAGUACUGUUAAUCUGCUCUUUUGGGAUCUACUAACCUUUUCAUGGUUUGUAUUGAACCAUCAGAGCUAUAUUUUAUAAUUCAUGAAGGCAAAAAUAUGUUCUUGUCCACUUUAGGUCAGAACACUUUUGAGAAAACCUGAAAAACUGAUACUAGUGAUUUAGGGAUGAAUAAAUCAGAUAUGUUCAAUGGCAAAAUUAGAAAAUAGGACAUUUCAGACACAAAGAUUGCUUUAAUUGCCAAUUAAGGCAAUUCUCCACAUCUAACCCAGGCAACAAGCUCUCUUUUUUACAAUGAUGGCUAAGGUCAACAUGUUAACACAUGGACUCACAACAUCAAUCUUUGAGUAUUGUGGAAGAUCGAUUUGUAAUGGAACAAGUAAAGGUUUAUUCCAUGUUGAAAAGAGAAGAAAAGAAACUUUCUUUUCAGUUUAGUUUGUGGAGCCUUCUUCGACUGGUCAAAGGUUCAAAAACCUUUACUACUUCUUUUGGAAGCCUACGCAUGCUGACGCAGCUACCUACUUGAUGGAUUUGUAAGGUCUAACAAUGUUGACAAGAGGUGUAAAACUCUUUUGUUGUUAUUGUCUAAACUAAAGAGACCAGUGUGUGCUGAAGUUGAUAAGACUUUGGUAGACACUUGGUAACACCAGUGGGCAGCUCUGUUUAUUGUUGUCAGCUGAUAAUAUAUUGUGUUAUCAGUCACAGCUACAGUAAAUAGACCAGGGGUUUUCAAUGGGAGCAGCUGCACACUCACAUAGUCUUGUGGAGGAUCAAAAGGGACUAAUUCUACUUCAGUAGGGGGCGCUAUAACAAGAACUUGCAACAGUUACUAUGUAAACAUAGAACUGGCGCUAAAAGAGGAAUAAAAAACCUGCUGGAUACCACACCUGCAGAAACCAUAAUACUGAAUAUUGCCGAUAUGUUCUGAAACCAACUGCACAACUUCAGCACCUGUGUUGCCAACAGAUGACAAUAUAUUGUGCUUACUCUUCAAACUACAUUUAAAAUGUUUCUGAGCCAAUUUUGUAAGUGUUCAGGCAUGGAAAGAAUAGUCUUUUUAAUUACAAAAAAUAUCCUUAAAAUGUAUUAAACAGCAUGUCACUGUCACAGAAACUGUCAAAAUGCAAUAAAAGUUAUUUACUGUAAA